AUUCAUUCAUUCCAAACAGGGUGUUACCCUAUCCCCAGGGCUGAUUCUGCCUUUGCCGGGCUGUAUGUCUGUGCAACGAUGCUAUCCUUUGCUACUCCAACUUUCCGAUUGAGGCGAAUGCCCCCAAUUCCAGCUGUCGCCGCCCCAGCUUCUUCACCGCCCACUUGUAGUUGCAGCAAAAAUUCCUUUCGGUCGAUCGGCGUUCGUCCAGAAACAUCAAUUUUCAGAGUGUAUUUUGCCGAUGAGAGCUCAAAACUAUGGCGCAUCUCCGCUUUGGGGAGAACUCCAGCAUUUUGGGAAGAUCCCGACGACGGCAGUGGCAGCGACUACGACGAAGAAGACGACGACAUUGAAGACGAAGAAAGUAACUUGGAUUUCGAGAGCGACUGGGAAGGAGAAGAAGAAUUAGUUGCUUCAGCUCGGGCUCCUUCUUAUAUUGCUAAUAAGCCCUCAGUAGAAGACAAGUACGAGGAGGACCUUCUGGAAGAGGUUGAACAGCUUUUGGGACCAGAAGAAAGAGCUAUUUUGCAACAGAAUGCAGCUCCAAAUAUCAGUAAAAUAUCAACAGCAAAAUGGAGCCUUCUUCAUUCUCUUGCACUUGCUGGGCAGAUAAGGUACAUGGACAUGCUACUUGCAAAUGGGCUUGACAUUAAUCUUGUUGACAAGGAUGGUCUGUCUGCUCUGCAUACUGCAAUUAUUGGUAAAAAGGAGGCUAUGAUCAGUCAUCUAUUGAGAAAAGGUGCAAGACCUAACAUUAGGGAUCGGGAUGGUGCUUCCCCUCUUCAUUAUGCAGUUCAAGUUGGAGCCAGGCAAACUGUGAAGUUAUUAAUCAAAUACAAUGUUGACUUGAAUGCCACUGAUAACGAAGGAUGGACACCAUUGCAUAUUGCUGUUCAAAGUAGAAAUAGAGACAUAGCAAAAGUUUUGCUUGUCAAUGGAGCGGACAAGAACAGAAGAAAUAAGGAAGGGAAGACGCCCCUUGAUCUGGCCUUGUGUUAUGGCAAAGACUUUAAAUCUUAUGACCUCGCCAAAUUGCUGAAGAUUGUACCAGCUAACAGAGAAUUGUGAAUGUAUUCCUACACUCUACUUUGGGAAAACAAAUAAGAAUUGGCUGUUAAUGCUGGUGAAAUGGUCCAUUAAAGUUCUCCCAGGCGACGAGAGACAGACACUUAGAGAUCGUUUGGCUCAUCAAGAAUGAUCUACCUAGGUUACCUAUGACAUGCUAAAUUUCACUGAUCCUGAGGUGCAACCGGUGAAAAGAAGAGAAUCAUGAGAAAUUGGGGGAAGGGGGGAGGAGGUGUUGAAUUUGAUGCUUGUGUUGCAGCUCAUGACAAGUUAACUUCUUGUGGCUGCAGGUUGCAGAAUCUUGAAGAGUUAGUUAUCAGCUGGUUUUUUUAACAGUAUAAUGUGCUGUGUUUGAUGUAUUUGAUCCAAUUUUAUGAAGGCUGACUGACUCUUCCUAAUUGUAUUGGGGCCUGAAUCCCUUUAAUUCCUCUUGCUUGGAUGAUUUUGGAUGUUUUAGCAGCUA